ACCGACUGAGCUAGCCAGAUCUGCAGGAGCAGCUGAGUGACACAAGGAGCCGUUAACAGAGCCAGAGUUGCUGGUUAAACCUGAUCAAGAUGACAACCUCCCAAAAGCACCGAGACUUCAUGGCAGAGCCCAUGGGGGAAAAGCCAGUGGGGAGCCUGGCUGGGAUUGGUGAAGUCCUAGGCAAGAAGUUGGAGGAAAGGGGCUAUGACAAGGCUUAUGUGGUUCUUGGCCAGUUUCUGGUGCUAAAAAAAGAUGAAGAUCUCUUCCGAGAGUGGCUGAAAGACACAUGUGGUGGCAAUGCCAAGCAGUCCUGA